AUGUCUGGGCCCUUUUCCAGCCCCUUUGGGGAGAACAGCAACCCUUUUGGGACAGACAGGGGAAAGAGGACGAACAACGCAAUUCAUGCUGUUGCCGAAGAAGAUGAGAACGAUACCAUCACAUCUCCUACAAACCCUCGAUUUGGGGCUUCACCAAACUCCGCCUCCAUGUUCUCUGGCCCUUUCGGUGGUGGCUUUGGGGGUGACUCUUCAUCUGAGGCACCUCCAUCGGGUACCCUCCCAAACCCCGAUAGCUACCCUGCUCAGUACAAUUUUGGUCGCCGAACAUCAGUCUCUGCCGAAUCUCUGAAGCCAAGUGCUGAUUCAUAUGACAAUUGGUCACCACCUUUUCACGAGAAGUCUGCGGACCAGCUUGAGCGUCUUAAACGUGCUAUUGAAGGAAACUUUCUUUUCAGCCAUCUCGAGGAUGAACAGAGCGCCCAGAUCCUCGGUGCUCUUGUUGAAAAGCCGAUACCAGCUAAAGGUAUCAAGGUUAUUAGCCAAGGUGAUGCGGGGGAUUAUUUUUAUGUCGUCGAGAAGGGAUCUUUCGACGUAUAUGUCAAUCCUAGUGGUUCGCUUCAACCCGGUCCGGAUGGCAUGGGUAACCAAGUCGGCAACAUUCAGGCUGGUGGUUCGUUCGGAGAACUGGCACUGAUGUACAAUGCGCCUCGAGCUGCGACGGUUGUCUCGGCUGAGUCCGGUUGCACUGUAUGGGCACUCGAUCGUGUUACCUUCCGCCGUAUUCUUAUGGAGUCGACGUUCGCUCGGAGACGCAUGUAUGAGAGCUUCCUUGAGGAAGUUCCACUUCUUGCAAGCUUGAACCCAUACGAGCGCUCCAAAAUUGCCGAUGCCCUUGAAACAAAGAAAUUUGCGGCAGGCGAGGUCAUCAUCAACGAAGGAGACCCCGGCCACGCAUUCUACCUUUUGGAGAGUGGUGAGGCAGAUGCUUACAUUGGACAGCCUGAUAACAAGGUUCGCCAUUACAAGAAGGGCGAUUACUUCGGCGAGCUUGCCCUGCUUAAUGACGCCCCGCGAGCAGCUAGUAUCGUUGCUACGUCUCCAGUCAAGGUUGGCAGUCUGGGCAAGAACGCUUUCCAGCGACUUUUGGGCCCUGUGGAGGGCAUCUUACGAAGGACCAAGUAUCAGGGUGUUGCAACCGGUGUCGAAGAGAUGGAUCCUCUCCACACCGGCUAA